AGUGAUCUCCUCAAGCUGGAACAUCCCAAUGCCCACAGCCCCUGUGAGUACAUUCUCUGAUGGUCUCUUGUGCAGAGCAGCCAGGGGUGCCCAGGGCUGUCCUGCAGAGCAGGGUCCUGCAGCCCAGGGCGCUGUGCUGGGCCAGGGACUCUGCUGCCUGCCAGGGACAGCUCUCAGCCGGCCCGGGGAGCUGCUCCCAGCGCUGGGGGACAAGAUGUGGGUGGAAGGAGACAGCUGGUAGGGCUUGGAAUUGUUUUCCUUGUGUGGUGAGGAUGCUGCAUUGUUCAGGACCAUGGCAUUUAACUCCAGAACAUUUCCAAGCAGAUUAUACAGGGAGCACAGCAAGGCAGGGGCUGCAUAAAAGGGCAAAUGCUGCUAGUUUAAUCUACUGCUCUGGGUUGCCUGGAUGGGAAAUUGCACAUAGAUAUUCUUCUCUCAGUUCAGGCUGAGAAAAAUAAGAAAGUUUUCUCUCGGAUAUGAAUAAACCAGGAAGUGACAGAAAUCAACACAGGGCCCGUUAGAGGCAGUGUCACUUUUCCAGCCUCCUCAGGGUUGCUCUGGCGUUACCAUCAAAGCCUGCAGAGCCAGAGAUGCCCCUGGGCUGUGCCUGAGCUGGGAGGGGUCUGCAGGGCAGAGCUGAGCCCCCAGGGUGGGCUGGGCUCUGGCAGCACUGGCAGGGCCCAGCCCUGGGCACAGGGAAGCAGCUGCUGGCAAGGACAGCUCCAGGCAGCAGAGCCCAGGCAGGCAGUGGGGGGAAAGUGCCCCCAAGCUGGGCUGGAAUAUUUAAAUUCCUCUCCAAACCCAACUAUUCCAUGAUUACGUUUUUUACAGAUCCACAUGCCAAGGCACAGCACAUGUCCAACAGCAGCUCCAUCAGCCACUUCCUCCUGCUGGCACUGGCAGAGACGCGGCAGCUGCAGCUCCUGCACUUCUGCCUCUUGCUGGGCAUCUCCCUGGCUGCCCUCCUGGGCAACGGCCUCAUCAUCAGCGCCGUAGCCUGCGGCCACCACCUGCACACGCCCAUGUUCUUCUUCCUGCUCAACCUGGCCCUCAGCGACCUGGGCUCCAUCUGCACCACUGUCCCCAAAGCCAUGCACAAUUCCCUCUGGGACACCAGCACCAUCUCAUACACAGGAUGUGCUGCACAGGUAUUCCUGAUCAUCUUCCUUGGAACAGAGCUUUCCCUCCUGACCAUCAUGUGCUACGACCGCUACGUGUCCAUCUGCAAACCCCUGCACUACGGGACCCUCCUGGGCAGCAGAGCUUGUGCCCACAUGGCAGCAGCUGCCUGGGCCAGUGCCUUUCUCAAUGCUCUGCUGCACACAGCCAAUACAUUUUCCCUGCCCCUGUGCCAUGGCAAUGCCCUGGGCCAGUUCUUCUGUGAUAUCCCCCAGAUCCUCAAGCUCUCCUGCUCCAAAUCCUAUCUCAGGGAACUUGGGCUUCUUGCAGUUAGUGUCUGUUUGGUAUUUGGUUGUUUUGUGUUCAUUGUUUUCUCCUAUGUGCAGAUCUUCAGGGCUGUGCUGAGGAUCCCCUCUGAGCAGGGACAGCACAAAGCCUUUUCCACCUGCCUCCCUCACCUGGGUGUUGUCUCCCUGUUUCUCAGCACUGCACUGUUUGCUCACCUGAAGCGCCCCUCGAUGUCCUCCCCAUCCCUGGAUCUGGCCCUGUCAGUUCUGUACUCAGUGGUGCCUCCAGCCCUGAACCCCCUCAUCUACAGCCUGAGGAACCAGGAGCUCAAGGCUGCAGUGUGGAGACUGAUGACUGGAGGCUUUCAGAAACAUUAAACUGCUGACCGUUUU